AUGUCUCUUAGUUAAUUGUAUGGAAAAUAGACAAUCAAUUAUGCAAGUAUACUAUAAAAUUAAUCAUUUUAAGAGAGCUCAGAUAAAUGAGAUCUCCAAAUGAUUAAUAGUCAUUUGGAUUACGUUAAGAAUAUCAUGAUUUAGGAUAAUUACAUCGAUAGCCUACUGAGACAAAGAAACAUUAAAGAGCAAAGUCAACUAUGUAGAAUAAUUAUAGACAAGGAACUCCUAUAACAGAUUUGGAAGAGAUAGAAGGGGAUAAGUUGUUUGAUUAGUUUUUUAAGCUAAACAACUCAAAAAGUGAUAGUGAUUUUUUAAGAGAUUCUGUAUAGAGAGAUUAAAAACAUCCUGAAUCAGAAUUUUUAAGGUUUGUCGAGAAUGCAAUAGAAUAUCAUAAACAAUCUGAAUUGCAUUUUAGACCUACAAUUAAAAAGAAUUCACAUUUGGAAUAGAAAACAAAAGAGUUGGCUAUUUCAAAUAGAUUGUUGGCUAGUGAAAUAAAUCGUUACAAAUAGAGAGAGAGUGAAUUAAAAAAUAAGAUAAAAAUAAUAUAAAAAGAAUAUUAAUUAGAAUUGGCUCAAUAAAUAUAAAAGAAUGAAUGGUUAGAAGAAUUACUUGUUAAAUAAAAAAUAGAUAAUGAAAAUUCAUUGUUGGCUGUAAAGAAAUCUUUAGAAAUCAUGUAAGGAAGAUGUAAAUGUCAAAAAGGAAUGGUGGACAAAAUUCUUAAGGAAGUUAAAUAGUAAUCAAGACCAUAAUAUGAUCUAUAAGCAACUCAUUCAUCUUCUGAAUUAAGUAAUAACACAGAAGAAGAGGAUUUCGAUUAUGAUUAUCUGAGAAGAAGAAAAUCUUUAUCCAAGGUACUAAAUUACAUAAAUACAGACAUCAGAAGAGCAUUAAUUCUUACUUUCCAGAAGUAAGAACUCUAGAGAAUUCAAUAGAGAUCUCUUUAUUCGAAAGAAGCCUAUACAGGAUCCUUAUUAUACAUGA